CAUCAACAAAUGGACAGUAUGGAACUGUAGACUUGCAAACAUCUGGUGGACAGCAACUCACACAGGAUGUGAUAUUUAAUCAAGGAGUCAAAUCAACCAGUGGACAGUACGGAUAUAUCGAUAUGCCAACAUCUGGUGGACAACAACUAGCAUCCAAUGAAGCUGCACCAACAAAUGGACAGUACGGACAUUUCGAUACGCUAACAUCUGGUGGACAACAACUAGCAUCCAAUCAAGCUGGAUCAACAAGUGGACAGUACGGAAAUGUCGAUAUGCCAACAUCUGGUGGACAACAACUAGCAUCCAAUCAAGCUGGAUCAACAAGUGGACAGUACGGAAAUGUCGAUAUGCCAACAUCUGGUGGACAACAACUAGCGUCUAAUCAAGCUGCAUCAACCACUGGACAGUACGGACAUUUCGAUACGGUAACAUCCGGUGGACAGCCAGUAGCAUCCAAUCAAGCUGCAUCAACAAAUGGACAGUAUGGAACUGUAGACUUGCCAACAUCUGGUGGACAGCAACUCACACAGGAUGUGACAUUUGAUCAAGGAGUCACAUCAACCAGUGGACAGUACGGAUAUAUCGAUAUGCCAAAAUCUGGUGGACAACAACUAGCAUCAAAUCAAGCUGGAUCAACAAGUGGACAGUACGGAAAUUUUGAUAUGCCAACAUCUGGUGGACAACAACUAGCAUCCAAUCAAGCUGUAUCAACCAGUAGACAGUACGGAAAUGUAGAUUCGUCAACAUCUGGUGGACAACAACUAGCGUCCAAUCAAGCUGCAUCAACCACUGUGCAGUACGGAAAUUUCGAUAUGUCAACAUCUGGUGGACAACAACAAGCAUCCAAUCAAGCUGCAUCAACCAGUAGACAGUACGGAUCUGUAGACUUGCCAACAUCUGGUGGACAGCAACUCACACAGGAUGUGACAUUUGAUCAAGGAGUCACAUCAACCAGUGGACAGUACGGAUAUGUCGAUAUGCCAACAUCCGUUGGACAACAACUAGCGUCUAAUCAAGCUGCAUCAACCACUGGGCAGUACGGAAAUUUCGAUAUGCCAACAUCUGGUGGACAACAACUAGCGUCUAAUCAAGGUGCAUCAACCAGUGGACAGUUCGGAAAUGUAGAUUCGUCAACAUCUGGUGGACAACAACUAGCGUCUAAUCAAGCUGCAUCAACCACUGGACAGUACGGAAAUGUAGAUUCGUCAACAUCUGGUGGACAACAACUAGCACCAAAUCAAGCUGGAUCAACAAAUGGACAGUAUGGAACUGUAGACGUGCAAACAUCUGGUGGACAGCAACUCACACAGGAUGUGACAUUUGAUCAAGGAGUCACAUCAACCAGUGGACAGUACGGAUAUAUCGAUAUGCCAACUUCUGGUGGACAACAACUAGCAUCCAAUGAAGCUGCAUCAACCACUGGACAGUACGGACAUUUCGAUACGCUAACAUCUGGUGGACAGCCAGCAGCAUCAAAUCAAGCUGGAUCAACAAAUGGACAGUACGGAAAUUUCGAUGUGCCAACUUCUGGUGGACAACAACUAGGGUCCAAUCAAGCUGCAUCAACCACUGUGCAGUACGGAAAUUUCGAUAUGUCAACAUCUGGUGGACAACAACAAGCAUCCAAUCAAGCUGCAUCAGCCAGUGGACAGUACGGAUCUGUAGACUUGCAAACAUCUGGAGGACAGCAACUCACACAGGAUGUGACAUUUGAUCAAGGAGUCACAUCAACCAGUGGACAGUACGGAUAUAUCGAUAUGCCAACAUCCGGUGGACAACAACUAGCAUCAAAUCAAGCUGGAUCAACCACUGGACAGUACGGAAAUGUCGAUAUGCCAACUUCUGGUGGACAACAACUAGCAUCCAAUCAAGCUGCAUCAACCACUGGACAGUACGGACAUUUCGAUACGCUAACAUCUGAUGGACAGCCAGUAGCAUCAAAUCAAGCUGUAUCAACCAGUGCGCAGUACGGAAAUUUCGAUAUUUCAACAUCUGAUGGACAACAACUAGCAUCAAAUCAAGCUGCAUCAACCAGUGCGCAGUACGGAAAUUUCGAUAUGUCAACAUCUGGUGGACAACAACAAGCAUCCAAUCAAGCUGCAUCAACAAGUGGACAGUACGGAACUGUAGAUUCGUCAACAUUUGGUGGGCAGGAACAGGCAUCCAAUCAAGCUGCAUCAACCACUGGGCAGUACGGACAUUUCGAUACGCUAACAUCUGGUGGACAGCCAGCAGCAUCAAAUCAAGCUGGAUCAACAAAUGGACAGUACGGAAAUUUCGAUAUGCCAACUUCUGGUGGACAACAACUAGGGUCUAAUCAAGCUGCAUCAACCACUGUGCAGUACGGAAAUUUCGAUAUGUCAACAUCUGGUGGACAACAACAAGCAUCCAAUCAAGCUGCAUCAGCCAGUGGACAGUACGGAUCUGUAGACUUGCAAACAUCUGGAGGACAGCAACUCACACAGGAUGUGACAUUUGAUCAAGGAGUCACAUCAACCAGUGGACAGUACGGAUAUAUCGAUAUGCCAACAUCCGGUGGACAACAACUAGCAUCCAAUCAAGCUGGAUCAACCAGUGGACAGUACGGAAAUGUCGAUAUGCCAACAUCUGGUGGACAACAACUAGCGUCUAAUCAAGCUGUAUCAACCAGUGGACAGUACGGAAAUUUCGAUAUGCCAACAUCUGGUGGACAACAACUAGCAUCCAAUCAAGCUGUAUCAACCACUGGGCAGUUCGGAAAUUUCGAUACGCUAACAUCUGGUGGACAACAACUAGCAUCCAAUCAAGCUGCAUCAACAAAUGGACAGUACGGAACUGUAGACUUGCAAACAUCUAGUGGACAGCAACUCACACAGAAUGUGAUAUUUGAUCAAGGAAUCACAUCAACCACUGGGCAGUACGGAUAUAUCGAUAUGCCAACAUCUCGUGGACAACAACUAGCAUCCAAUCAAGCUGGAUCAACAAGUGGACAGUACGGACAUUUAGAUACGCUAACAUCUGGUGGACAGCAAGUAGCAUCAAAUCAAGCUGUAUCAACCACUGGACAGUACGGAAAUUUCGAUAUGCAAACAUCUGGUGGACAACAACUAGCAUCCAAUCAAGCUGUAUCAACAAGUGGACAGUACGGAAACGUAGAUUCGUCAACAUCUGGUGGACAACAACUAGCGUCCAAUCAAGCUGCAUCAACCAGUGCGCAGUACGGAAAUUUCGAUAUGCCAACAUCUGGUGGACAACAACUAGCAUCCAAUCAAGCUGGAUCAACCAGUGGACAGUACGGAACUGUAGAUUCGUCAACAUCUGGUGGGCAGGAACUAGUAUCCAAUCAAGCUGCAUCAACAAAUGGACAGUACGGAACUGUAGACUUGCCAACAUCUGGUGGACAGCAACUCACACAGAAUGUGAUAUUUGAUCAAGGAGUCACAUCAACCACUGGGCAGUACGGAUAUAUCGACAUGCCAACAUCUGGUGGACAACAACUAGCAUCCAAUCAAGCUGGAUCAACCAGUGGACAGUACGGACAUUUAGAUACGCUAACAUCUGGUGGACAGCCAGUAGCAUCAGAUCAAGCUGCAUCAACAAGUGGACAGUACGGAACUGUAGAUUUGUUAACAUCUUUUGGACAGCAACUCACACAGGAUAUGAUAUUUGAUCAAGGAGUUACAUCAACCAGUGGUCAGUACGGACAUAUCGAUAUGCCAACAUCUGGUGGACAGCAAUUAACACGGGACCUGACAUUUAAUCAAGGAGUCACAUCAUCAAAUACUCAAUAUGGGGCCACAGAUGUCACUGCUUCUGGUAGAACACAGGCGUUACAUGACCUUACACAGAGCACAACAAACCACGGACGAUCCUUCGACAAAGGAGUAGCUACAAACGGGCCAACACAACAGAAUUCUGCACAUAAGAUGCAUACGAUCACAGAAGGAACAGUUAAACAGCCAUUAGGACAUAGAUCAGAAACCAGUUCCCUUUUAGUGGGAACACCUCAACAUAUUCAGGACCAAACAAACCUGAAUCAAUAUUUUGGAGUAGGUACUAAGACUUCAGGUGUUGCCGAUCAAUUAGGCGCAGUAGAUGUUCAACAUUUGAAACACGUGGAUUUGGUUAAAGGGCAAGAACUUGUGCCAACUAUUGCUGGUGUAAAUAACUUCGUAUUUGGAAUGAAUGGUGAAGCUGGUGAAAGGCAGGAUGCCUUCUAUAACAACGUACAGUCUGGAUUAACAGGACAAGGACACAGUAACUUGAAUGGACCUUCAGACAUACCGAAUAUUCAUAAACAGCAUGGUGCUCUAGACAUGUCAUCAAACCCAGGAAUGGUAUCAUCUAUUGGUCAGUCUGUAUUACUAGAUAUGCCAUCAACUGGUAAUCAGUAUAGUAACCCUGAUUUGUCAGGGAGUCAAGGACUGUCAGCUACAAGUGGCCAGCAGGCACACGUAGAUUCAACCAGUAAUCGUGUUGAGAUGUCUCGUCAGCAAGGACCUUAUACUGCAACAAUGACAACAGUCGAACCUUCAAACAUAAUACACAGUGCUGGAUCUGGGUUUUCUACACAGGACUCUAAUGUGAAUGCCAUCAAUAAUCAGUGGGAACAAGCAGCGGUGACUGGACAAGGUGCUACUGGAACACAUAACCAACUAGGUAGCACAGCUACAGGCCCCGAGAAAGAAUUUAUGAAUUUGUUAUUGAAAGGUAUGUUCGAUUACACGGUUCAAGAUGGACAAGGUGGAGGGUAUUCAGGUUCGACGAACUAUGGACCCAUCAAUGAUGAUUUACUGCAGUUCUUGUCAACACAAGGAUUUAACAGCUUAGAUUCAUAUCUACAAAAUGAGUUAAAUCAAGCUUUAGACAGUCCUGUUCCGCACACUUCCAACUCGGCUAGUUCCCAAUCCCAAGGUCCAAACAGAGGCACUGGUACCACGACGGGUAGUGUCAUGAAGACCCCGACCCACCCCCAAUCCAAUACACUUCCUCUAGACAUGGCAACAACACCUGGAUCUAAGCAAUUUCAACUACCCACGAGAUCUGCACUUUCCAUUGACGUACACAUUCCGCACACAGCAGGUUCUCCGCCGUCAAGUCAGCAAGGGGUAAACCCACAAACAUAUGGACCUCCUGGGCCUGCUGUCAAUGAUAACACGAGGCCAAAUUUGGCCAACGAAGCUAUUCAUCAUUCAAACAACGUGGUUUUUGAUGUAACGAUGGGGAUUCAGGACCAACGCAAACAACCGAAUGCUUUGAGGAGCCAAGAGGGAACGCUUACUAAAAGAAGCUCUACACAAACAGUUACUUCAGGGACUCUUGAUCCAACGGUUAAUUCAGGACAAAACACUGCGUCGCAUUUGUCUACAGUUGAUGCUGGAUUUGUAAGUAUGAGCGGCGGGGGUACUACACAAUCAAGACCGUCAGCUCACGGACAUUCUCACCAACAGCGAUUUAUGACCCUUGAUGGGAUAAAGACGUUGCAACGAGGGACGAGUAACACCCAGGCGGGUACAUCAGCAGGUGAGGGCCACGAUACAAAAGCAUCAGAACUACAGUCGAAUGUCAACACAGACGGAAUUUCUCACGGUUCAUCUCAGCAGGAUAGGUCAGCCACAACAGGAACAUCUUCCAUUUCUUUCAACUCCCAAGACGUUGGUGGAGCACGGAUUGAUCCGAAUCAACACUCCGGUGGAACUAAUGCAAUGGCAUCUGAAAUGAACACUAUUCCAAUAAAUGCAUACACCUCCCGGCCCCUAAUGGACACCAAUGCAGGAACAACGUUUUUCGACAGGACGUCUUUGAUAGCAUCAGUGGCUAAUAGAAUACCAUCCGAUAUAUUCACAGCCCAAAAGGAUGUUCAGCCAAGUCAUGGAGCUAGUCUAUUAACAGCGGCGAUGGCGGCGGCAGCGGCAGCAACAUAUGAGCGGACCAGCACAGGGGCACCUAAGUUUAAUCAGGGUUUGGACAGUGUCAGUUUUAAUGGACAACCUAUUUCCAAAGCUGCCCAUCAAAAGAUCGUGGGAGCACCGGAGUUCUAUCAACGGGAUUCGCGUUACCUUGAUGGUGACCAAGGAGAAUCAGAAGGACAGGAAAUGUCACAAAAUAUGGUGAAUAUAAACCCCUUGCUUCUCCAUUUCGGUGUCUCAAAAGAAAGACAGAUGUCUCCUCACGACAGCCAGCAGUUUCUUUCAAAUUCUGAGCGUUCAGCUGGUUUUUCGGAAUAUUCUCCGAUGACCUCAUUUCCACUCAUAUGAGGGACCUGGCCCUGUUUCAUCUAAAGGAAUUUAGUGUUGCUGCCCUGUUAAGGUGUGGGUUUCGUUCAUUAUCUGUCUCACGACUGUUUCAUCUGUGCUUCCCCGUUGAUACAUCGCAUUCACCCUGUUUAUGUCAAGAAAGUAUUUCAUGUUGCCUGAAGUAAAGUCAUGAUUGAUAA